AGAGGCAGGAGCUGUAAGGUGAGGAGGUGAGCUUCGUCGAAACGCCCUAGAAAACAGAGUAAAUCAUUGUUGUCUGGCUUCUUUCCCUGCCAACGCGCCGAAGCACAUAAGCAUCUCAUGUUGACGAUGAAAACAUGGCAGCUGAAGGAGCUAGGUCCUUCUGUCGUGUUGGGAGUCUCAUCCGGAGUAAAUCUGAGGGCACACUGAUUGAUCUGAGUGACAGUCCAUCAACUAGUGCCAAACUAAAUGGUGGCUUUAUACCCGGAAGGCAGCAUUUAGAAGUUCAACACUCACUUCAAAUAAAAAACCCCUUUUGGAACAAAUUGUCCGACUCAAACCCUUUCCUAGAUGACAUUGUACACAGCAACUCUGAGAAACGUAUUUCCAACACAUCACAUGUAAAACAAUGCAAUAAAACGCAUCCAGAAACAAGUAAUGAUGAUGCCAGCAGCACAUCUUCAGAUGAAGGAAAUGUAGGCAAUUUUUUGGAACGAAAACACAAAGUCACCAACCAAUCAGGGAGGUGGAGGAGUGCUUCAGACAUCCUUGUUGAUUUGGAGAGAAAGGUGCCAAAAUGUGAGAACAGUUUCAAACCACCUGGACCAGUGUUGAACCCAGAUUUUGAAUGGCUGAAGAAUGACAGGGAGGCCUAUAAGAUGGCCUGGCUUAGCCACAGGCAGUUAACUCGCUCAUGCCUGGACUUAAAUGUGAUGAGCCAAAGCCCUGGAUGGGCUCAGACUCAGGCCUCUAACUUCCAAGUUAUCUGCAAGAUUGGCCACUGUGGAGGUUCAGUACAGUUACCAGAAUCCAAAAUUAGCAUCCAUGUUCCACAAGGACAUGUUCCUCCUGGAGACGUACAGGAAGUUACACUGAAAGCAAUGCUGGACCCUCCUCCUGGACUUAACAACAACUACAUAACAACCAUGAGUCCACUUCUCGAGGUGCUCCUGAGCAACAUCAACACCAGCGAGUUCAUAUCUUUGGAGAUGAAACUGUCAGGAGAAGUGAAGAAUGACCCCUUGAGUCAGGUGAUGACCACUGUGUUGGGACUAGUGUCCAACAAAAGAGAGGGUCCAUAUGUCAAAACAAACAACUGUUAUAUUUACAAGAACAUGAUGCAGAUGAAGCUCCAGGAGUUGAAGACACAUUUUUAUGUGAUUGCGGUUGCAGAGGCCUCUGCCCUGCAGUCUCCUGCUACAUCAGUCUGGGAUUACCUUGACCGCCAAAUAACUGUUGCAGUCUAUGGCCCCAGGUACAUCCAUCCAUCAUUCAAGGUCGUAAUAGUCAUCUGCUGUCACGAGGACGUUCCACCUAAGCUUCCGUUUUCAGAUGUCUGCAGAGGCAAUAAAAACCUACCCCCACUUGUUUUGCAACUUUGGGGAAAAUAUUCCUUUAAACCAGACAAGCUGAAUGACUUUAACAUUGAGGUUGACAUCACAGAUUCAAUGUUUAACACCAAACCUGAGGACAAAGUAAAGCAGGUUAGGCAAAGCCAGCUCAAGAUAGGCACCAUUUUGCAUCUGCCUGCUGCAUUAUCUUGUUCGAGCAAUACAGACAUGACUCCUUUUAAACUGGAUGUACAUGUGAAGGAAUCAAACCUGAAUUCAACCAUAGCACAUUUCCAGGUGCCUUCCCCUGAUGCAGCACCCAUCAGAUCAGAGAAAAGGGUGUCGAGACAGUCAGAAAGAAGGACUGAGAUGGCAAGAGCCUUGACUAUUCCUGAGGAAAGUCAUCCAGAUUCACCCGAAUUCAAAGACAGAUCCAUUAACCUGCAGUGGUAUGGAGUUGCCCUGAAGUCCGUUCUCCGCCAGCCAUGUGUGGAAUACCUGCUGGAGUACUUCAAAGGUGACACAGUGGCUCUCCUUUCCAGGGAGACUGUCAAGUCAGUCGGUAACUUGAAGGUAAAAGAGUGGUACAUUGGAUUCCUCAGAGGAAGGAUUGGCUUGGUGCACUGCAAAAACAUCAAACUCAUAACAAAGGAGCAGGUGAUUGAUUUCACUGGCAUUAAAAUGACCACAGAGGUCCUCUUGGACAACAUGACGCUGCCCUUCAAGAAGCUUACUUACAUGUACUCUGCUAUCCAGACGCUUGUGACGAAACACAUUACCAGCUGGAUAAGUUUUGCAGAUGCUUUAGGUUACAGAAAUCAGUUGAUGAACACAGUCCAGUGGCGGUAUGCUGACACUGAUGCAGAUAAGGUGGCCUGCAUUCUGGAAAAGUUAAAGGAGGACUGCCACAAUGAGAAGUGUAGAAAGAAGUUCCUGCAUGAACUAAUGGUGGGGCUGCUGAAGAUGGACUCUGUGAAUCUUGUGGCACAGCUCAUUCAGAAUACCAUCAUUCUGUCCACUGCUGUGGAGCUGGGAAUUCGAUGGCGGGAGCUUGCUGAGAAGAUAGGCAAACUGUCUAGUGCUCAGAUAGCUGGUUAUGAGGCACCACAUCGGGGGAAGAACGGUGAAGUCAAUUCCCAGUCCAUGUGGAAGCCUGCCUAUGACUUCCUGUACUCCUGGAGUCUGCGUUACGGAGAAGGCUACAGAGACAUGAUCCAGGAUCUGCAUUUGGUUCUGGAUAAAAUGAAAAACCCUGCCACCAGACAGUGGAGGCACCUGACAGGUGUGCUCAUCACAGUGAACUGCCUCGAUAUCUUUCGAGACUCUGCUUUCCCAAAACCCUAAACUUAUUGCUCUUCAGUGAGGAAAACAUCCUGCAUAUGUUACUAAAUUUUUCUGUUGUCUGACAGCUUUGCUCAAGAUGCAUUUUCAUUGACAUUCAGUCUGGCACAAUCACUGAAUGCUUUCAUAAUUAGUGAACUGUGAAGAAAAACUAAUGAAAAGUAAAUAUUUUAUCUGUGCCAGUGUCAUGCAGCCUUAAAUUUAAUCUAUAUUUUAGAUAGAUUUUUUUCAAUGGCAUGUUUAUGGGGUCAGUAAGUCCCAGCUGCUCUUUCUAUCAUUCAUACCGUGUUACAGUCUGUUUCUGCCGCUCUUUAUUAAACAAAGGUCAUGUUUCUAAGCAUGUUCUAUGCUGUUCUUUAUAUGACAUAAUACAUAAAAUUCGUGACUGUAUUUUGGUUGUUUAGUUUUUGUCGUGUUGGUUUUUUUUAUCUGGGUCAACAGCAUCUUUAUGGCUCUUAUUAAUGUUAGAUUUUAUAAAAUCUUGUUUUCGGUAACAUACUGUGAAUAAUUAAAUGAACAGUUACAAAACAGAUAAAUAUGAACAGUGUUGCUGUGGUAGGAACAGCUCAUCAAUCUUUGUUAUUUGUUGGGGUGUAUGUGUUGAAAGUGAUACUGUUCUACCAAAGUCUAAGUUACAUCAAACAUGUAAACAAAAGAAGUUACCAUGUCACAGAAAGUUGUUUGUUUUUGCUUUUGUACUGUAAUAUGAAGAUUGAGAUGAUUUGAUUAGGUAUACAAUGCAGUGACUGCAUAUUCAUGAUGUUAUAUUUUUGUAAAAUUAAAUUUCAGUGCCAUGUACACCACACGGUAUCUUCAUUCAUAGAAAUGAAUGUACUGAAGGUACAUCUUUGAUAUUGAAUUGUAAAUGUUUUUCUUGAGAUAUAAAUAAAGUAUCACAUAUCA